CUUUUUUACCAUUUCUGACCAUUUGAAAUUGUUUCCGUGGCCCUCCAUAAGCCCUGCCCCCUGUCUUUGUGUGUAAUAAAGCCGAAUGCGGGGUUUCUGUGCUUCCUGGCGCUGUCUGUUUAAGCACCUUGGAGAACUCCGCUGUCCGCGCUGGAGCGCAGCGCUGAGGCUGAAUCGGGAAUCGUGCGUAAGCUACGUCAAAUCCGCCAGGAACAAGCAAACGCUGCACUGCCUGCGCUGCGCUGCCUUGUCUUUUCCCUUUUCUUGUCGACGGUUUGGUGAUUGUCAACUUUCCUCUGAUUUUGCGCGGAUCGCUUUAUAUACGUGAACGUCCUCUCUGUAUAUCGGAGAGGAUUUAGAGAGAUGUGCGCGCUCCCGUGCUCUCCCUUCUUCGCUCGAUCGUGUUUCUCUGGAUUGGACGGAGCAGAUGCUAUUCAAUACACUCUUCCUCCCCGCAUGGCAUAAACACCACAGACAACGUGCAUUCCAGCGUGUCUAAAUAUAUCUAUUAAGGCCACAGGAGGUGGGGGAGGAGUGGUGUAGGCAGGGGAGGGGAGGGGGGUUUAUCCUGGGACAUUUCACUGUCUCGCACCACUUGCAUUAUCUUCUGGAGAUUGGCAAUCGGUUAUUAUAGCCACAGAAGAAAACUUGGCCCCACCACCCCCAGUAUGCCCUCCAGUGUGAGAUCAAGGGCGCGGGAGAGAAACAGCGUCCUGAGCAGACCUGAGUUUAUGUCCCUCAACCAUCAGCCCCUCUGUAGCGGCGGGGGCCCCGCUGAGAGCCGAGGCAGCUCAAGGCGACUGGGUCAAAUCAAGCACCAAACAAGUCAGCAGAGUGAAGAACCUACCGACAGAGGCAGCAGGGACAGAAGAGAGUCCACCAAAAUGCCAGAGGAAGACUGCAUGCAGCUGAACCCUUCCUUCAAAGGAAUAGCAAUGAACUCUCUGCUUGCCAUUGACAUCUGCCUGUCCAAGCGCAUGGGGGUGUGCGCCUACACGUCGUCCUCCUGGGGAGGCUGCCGCUCCAUGGUUGCCCUGUUGGCUCUCACGGGGCAUGGCAUCACGUGGAUCAUUGGCACUAUCGUGUGUCUCACACGGAGUAAUACCCUGGCUGGACAGGAGGUCCUAGUCAACCUGCUGCUGGCCCUCAUCCUUGACGUGAUGACCGUGGCUGGAGUCCAGAGAUUGGUAAAACGGAGAGGACCCUGGGAGAUGACACCGAGCUUCCUGGACUGCAUCGCCAUGGACGUGUACUCUUUCCCCGCUGCCCACGCCAGCCGAGCUGCCAUGGUGUCCAAGUUCUUGCUGUCCCACUUGGUGCUGGCUGUGCCGCUUCGCAUCCUGUUGGUGCUGUGGGCCUUCCUAGUGGGCAUGUCCCGGGUGCUCUUGGGCAAGCACCACCUAACAGAUAUGGUGUGCGGCUUUGCGCUUGGCAUGCUUCAUUUUAGCCUAAUGGAGACGGUGUGGCUCUCAUCAAACACCUGUCAGACUCUUAUUUCCAUAAGCACGCUGAGCUGGAGCCCCUUUUUCUAAGCUUUUUACUAGCACACAUGGCUUGUUUAACCUUGCAAUAUCAAACACACAGACGGGUGACAAAUUAAAGGAAACACUUGCUGCCAGAACAGCCUUAAUGCACCUCGGCUUUGUUUCAACAAGACUUGUAUUCUUCUGUUCAUGAUGAAGGCUCAAGUCUUUGGGGUUUUCCUUUAAAUUGUCACCUCUGCGUUGGUUAAAGUUGCAAAGCAGGUUUUCGUUGCAGGCUGCGAGCAAGAACCCACUAAUAUUCGGAUCCAGAUGCUGACUUGCAUGCAAUUCCUAAACCAGGAAGCUCGCAAGACCUUCAUAAUGCUUUACAAGUUCUAGUAUGACACUGCUUCAUAGUUUUAACGAAACACUAACAGCCACAAGCAAAAUAAAAUAUCUGCAGACUGGCUACAGGUUUUCUUGAAAGUGUAUAUGAAGGAAAAGUGGUUUGGAUUUUUUCAAAAUGACUUUCAUUCAUAUUCAUUUAUUAUUUAACUUCUAUCAAGGACACCAAACUCCAUUCGAUCUCAUUUUUUCUCUCUUUUAUCUUAGGAGAGUUAAACACAGAAGCCACAGCUGAACACUGAAAUUUGGAGUUAUAUUGUUGGAUGUAACAUUCAAGUAUAUAUGAAAGUAAGGCAGUUUGGAUAGUCUACAUUUUUUUUUAUAAGUGGCAUGACUGUUCUGUUACAUUUGUGUAUUUCUUUUGCUCAUAUGUUUAUCAUAUUUGAAGUUUUUUUUAAUUAAGCUGUUUAUGUACGAUUAUCACCCAGAAAAUUUUUUUCUUACCCUUUCAAGUAUAAUUUCUAUCAAUGUGCCAUUUGUGAUUUAAUGAGUUUAAAUCUUUUUUAAAGCUAAUAUUUCUCCACAGCACUUUCAUUAAAGGUCUUUAAUGAAAUCUCUAAAUCAGCUGAUCAUAAACUGUUUAUGUCAGUGAAAUUGAUUCUAUGCCUCACUAAAAACAAGUGCAUGUGUGUGGGAACAUAUGCAUACGAAGCAGAAGCAAACAUUGGUUUGAAAUAUCAGCUGUGGACAUGUUAUGCCUUUUUUUAUGGCUUUGAAUGAACUCUGCCAUCAUUUCAUUGGUUUAGUAUGAUUAAACAGUUUAGUGUACACGAGUAUGUGCUGUACAGGGAUCUGUAUAUGAUGUUUUUACUAUGUUGUUCUAUCUCAAUAAAAUGAAAUGAACCGUUA